CCGGUGCUACGGCUCACUCCGUGUUCAAGAUUCCAUUGACCGACGAAGACGCCGUCGCAUGCUCGCUGGGAAUGCAGACGCAGCAGGCCGCGGACCUCGCCCGCUCGGCUUUGAUCCAGUGGGACGAAUGGCCGUCGGCCAAGCGGACUUCCUGGGAGGCCGUCCUUCGUUUGCUCGCCGACCUGCGGACGGCGUUCCCCGAUUCGUACGUGCAGAAAACAUUCGUCUGCCACGGUGACUUCCGCCAAAUCCCCCCCGUCGUCAAGGGGGCCACCCGACAGAGCAUCGUGAACAUGAGCGUCCGUCAGUCUCCCUCCUGGUCCAACUUCACCACGUUUGAGCUUCGCACCAGCCAUCGACAAAGCGUCGAUCCCAAAUACGCCGUCUGGAUUGAGACCGUCGGGAACGGCACCGCGCCCGCUACGCACCGGUUGGCUGACGAACCAGGUUACGUCGAAUUGUCUCUCUGCGACCUCGUGCCCGACGACGCCGCUGCCAUACAGUUCGCUUUCCCGCACCUCAACGACCCGCACGACUGCGCCAAGUCGAAGAUUAUGGCUACCACGAACGACGUCGUGAACACCAUCAAUUCCACAGUACUGGAAACAUUGGUGCAAACAUACCGACUGACCAGGUUCACCCGUUGCAGUGCCGACUCCCUCGACGUCGAUGGGUCGGAGUGCGAGAUUGAAUCCCACGUAACUAUGGAGUUUCUGAACAUGCAGGACGAACACGGCGUGCCGCCCCACCACUUGGCGCUGGUCGAAGGCGUGCUCUACGAAUUAAUGCGGAACUUCAGCCCAACCGACCGGCUCAUGAACCAUGCGCCCGUCCUGCUCCGGAAAGUGCACGACCGGCAUGUUCUGGUGGAAACUUUGGACGGACGUCAAUUCCCUUUGCCGCGGAUAUGCUUCCGCUGGUCUCUCGCGCGCGGCACCGCCGUGAUGUGCCGCAGGCAAUUCCCGUUGCGCCCCGCCGACGCGUCAACGUUCAACGGCUCCCAAGGCUCCACGCUCACAAGGUGCGUGGUGGAUGUCAGGAAAAGCCCCUUCUCCCAUGGGCACCUCUACGUCGCUCUCGGUCGAGUGCACUCCCGCAGCACUAUCAGGGCCACGCCCUGA